AUGGCCAGGGCGGGGGGGAUCACCAACGCGGUCAAUGUGGGGAUCGCAGUGCAGGCGGACUGGGAGAACAGGGAAUUCAUAUCGCACAUCUCCCUCAAUGUCCGCCGCCUCUUUGAGUUCCUCGUCCAGUUCGGUAUGUGCUCACAUGCCCCGCCCUCGUGUGUCCUUGUCUCCGCGAUUCUCGGCGCCGGGCUUUUCCGACUCUCUCUGAUUUCGUGAAUUCGUUCUCGAAUGCCUUUUCCUCCCAUUGGAGUACCGGAUCUGGAUCAUGUGUAGCAGUGGAUAGCUGUGUGUAAUUGGCAUUGGAAAUUAUGCCAUUACAUUGGUAACUUCGUGUUUAACUGGAGUCAUUUUAUUGGACAAUAUUUUCUGAAAAUUCGAACGAGAUGCAUCCCAGCCUGAUCAAUUGGCGUUUUCAUUUGCCGGAGAGUUUCUGGGCAGUUAUUUGUCGCUGAGAGAUCGAUUGCAGAGUCUACCAAACACUUCUUGGCCCAAUUCAACUGGUACUUCGUUUCUCUAAUACUUCAACAUCGUUGAUUCCUUCACCUUCGGACGUUUUGGCUUUGAAUCCUCCACCCGUUCUCCAACACAGAUAUCAAAGCCAAGAACCUGCUUUCUUCCCAUUCUUUGACUCCGAGAUUCACAUCCUGCAUCAUUGGACUACAAUGAUCGAUCUUCAUUCGAUUUCGAGACUCACGCAGAAGCUAUGAGGGCUUGUCUUCACGUCACUGAUCUUUAGAUCAUGUUUUGAUGGGAUUCUGAAGAACACAUUUAAAUAUUUUUUCUUUUUUUGGGUUGUCACAUACCUGUAUAUUUCCAGGAUGACUACUGGCGAAGUUGGUGUAUUGGUUAUCGAUGGAUUCCAUCAAAGAAAGUGGAGGAUUCACCUAAUCUUGGCUUUAGUGAUCUUUCAGGCACUUGUAUAUGGGCUUUUGAUGAACAGAGUGAAGAAUUAUUUUCUUCGGGUUGUUAAUAUUUUUCUAUUUCCAGGAAGGUUAUCGGCAAAGUCUGUAGAUUAUUUAUUUCUGGACACUCAAGAGUAGGUGGGACUUAGGGUUCUAAGCGAAGAUAUUUGGGUUACAUUCAUCUAUUUUCCCAAUCAAUGAUUUGGAAGAAUUUAGAAAAUUUAUUUGGUCUUCUGCUCUUCUUGAUGCAGAUCGCCUAAUGAAAAUCUAUAGGGAAUGGCGGAAGAAAUCACUUUCUCCCCCAAUAACACAAUGGUUUCCAUGAAUAUCUGCUCUCGAUUUCAUGAUCAUCCAGGGGUUCACCGAUUUUAGUCCUUACUGUCUUCUUCUAACCCGAUGAAUCAACUCUUCAUCAGAUUCACACGGAUCUUCUUUCAUUGACUUCUGCAGAGGCGACGACCAAGAACAAGCUGGCCCAGCUCAAUGAGAAGCUCGACACCUUGGAGCGGCGCCUGGAGGUGCUUGAGGUUCAGGUGAGCACUGCCUCAGGGAACCCGUCGGUGUUCACCUGA